AUGGCUGCGGAGGACUUGUCGGAGGGCGGCAUGGCCGAUAUUAUCCAGGCCCUGCAAGUCAUUCACAACCCUCACUCACCAAACGAUAUCCGACAGAACGCCUCUCGAUUCGUGGAAGAUCUGAAGGAGACCGAGGGCGCCGCGCGCAAUGGCUUCCUUCUCGCCUCUCGUUUGGAGCAUGAGCCUGUGGUCCGUUACUUUGGUCUCACUCUACUCGAUCACGUCCUGCGCAAACUGUCAUUCUCUUCCCCCGAGGAAGCCACCUCCAUUCGAUCAAUGAUCCUACAACUCGCCGAGAACGUCCGACCCGAAGACCCCCACUAUUACCGCAACAAGAUUCCCCAGCUUUGGUCCGAGGCCGCGAAGAAGAGCUGGGGGCUGGACUGGAACGAUAUGGAUGCUACACUGGUUCAGUUCUGGGGCGCAUCUCUUGUGCAUAAAGAGCUGGUACUCGCUGUCCUGGAAACUCUCUCCGAAGACAUUUUCUUCCGUGAAGAUGUUGUCUCGGCCCUACGAGGAAGCGAGCUCAACCGGGCGCUGAUUGAGAUCUUUACACCGGACAGCAUUCUUGAAGCAAUCACAUCCUCGGAGAAGAAUAGCAGUGCCGCUCUGCGCUGCGGUCAGGAGGGUUGGUUGGUUCGCGUGAGCCUGUUCCUCAAUGAAUGCAUCCAGAACAUCUCUGGCUCUCAGCAAGCUCGAGACGCAGCUUUGAAGGCCUUGGCAACUCUCAAGUCUGCCCUUUCUUGGUCUGUGUACCCGGCUGUCAUUGCUUCCACGGCCAUUCUCAGUAUUUUCAGGGCCCUGUCCUGUCAAGAUGACCAAGUACUUCUCGCUGCAAUUGAGGCGCUUCAUGCGCUUUAUGGUAGAAACACUAUUGGCUGCGAAGAAUCUCAUGCCCUCGUUUGCCUUAUCUUUGAGUCUGACUACCUUGUCGCCCUGCGGGGACUUUACGAGUGGUCAGUUGUAGGCCCAGAUGAUGUCAAUGAUCCCAGAUACUUGGUGUCCAAGAAGGUCUCCGAGAUGGUCUCCUACAUCGCAGGGUGCCUGGACGAUGAAAGGUUCCUGCGUGAUACCAUGAGCCGUUUAGACUUGCCACCCUUCUUCCACUUCAUGAUCAACAUCAUGCAGCACCAAAGCUUGACGGUCUCCAUUCCCUGUCUACACCUGUGGUCCAAAUUGUUACAGAUUUCGAAGAUUCAUCGGAUGGAUUUUGUCACAGAGCAAACGCCCCAGUUCCUCAACAUCUGCACAGAGCGACUACUCCGUUGGGAGUCGCUUUCCCCCGACUCCGACAACCCGACAGUUGAGUUCUUGUUCGAGGACAUUGACACAGCUCCUGAACGUCAUGCGUUCGUCGGCAACUACCGCCGCUACUGCUCUUCUAUCAUAGAGACCAUCACGUUAAAGAGACCCCAGGAAGCAGUGCGCGAAAUCCUUGCCCGGGUGGACAACAACCUUGAUAACCUGUAUACCGGGGUUCAACCGUUUAGCAUGGGAACAUUCAGCAAAUCCUCCAUUCCUAUUAUGCGAGCGGACUCCCAAUUUGCAGUUGUCGAGGCUGUCAUCAAGGGUUACAACAAAUGGGUGUCGGCACAUGGCAAGGCACCACAAAAUGAUGAGUCAAGUCGAAUGGAGUUAGAACAAGCUGUGGAAAACUGGGCCUCGACUUUGAUGACAAGAUCAUACGAGGACCCGGUCAUCAAACAAAGAGUUAUCAAAUUGACUGUUGAUGUUUCCUCGAAAGCCCUGGAUAAGAACCCAGGAUUUGCCCUCAAGGUUCUGGAACACGUUCUGAUGACACGUUUGCCGGAUCACCCUGAAUAUCCAAUGUAUUCUGAGGCCGUCAAAGAACUUCAUGGACUCGCCAGUCAUGAACUUCGUCGCUUGGCUAUGCGUUACGCUGACAGCUUUUCCUCUUUCUACGACGUGAUCGAGCCAAAGAUUAAAGAGAUCACGAUGACCAAUCAUGUGGACGACAAACUGCAGAUGGAAUUGACAUCCAUUCUGCUCAUCAUCACGCAACGUGCGAUCGAGAUUGACCCAGUCCUACAAAAGAACCGAUUAGAAUCUUUCCUUGAACCCGUCAAAGUUGCUUGGCACGAUGAACAAUUCCGUCAAGGCAGUUCCUCCUUCCAAGGAUUUUGUGAAAUGCUUGGCUUAGAGAAUGUCGGUCAAUACAUGCAGACAAAGCAAGCACAAAAGAUGCCAGACUGGACAGAGAUCGAGUUGGACAAUGAAGGAAAACUUGUUCAGGAAGAGAUGACCCGAAAGUUCCAGCUCUUACCGCUGCGUGGUACUAAAACCAUGUUGGCUGUCUCGACAGAUCGACUCAACAAGACUACACAGGCAUAUGGAAUCGCCCAGGAAAUCUGGUUUGACACCAUCCGAAUGAUUCUUCCGACCUUGUUGCAGCUUGUCCGCCACGCCCAUGCCUUCCACAACCCUGCUAAUUGGAACAUGAUGGACGGCAUGCAACCCGUGGUUGAACGAAUCUUGACAGACCGGUUCUGGCAGGCUGGCAUUUCAACCGGUAGCCGCGAUGAUUUCUAUGCGAGAAUCACAUCAUCCAAGUCCACUCUCGAAGGCUUCGCCUCAUCGGUCCGAGGUAAAAUCAGAGCUGUCCGCGAGGCAUCUUAUUCCAUGCUGUUCAGCAUGAGUCGGUUGGGUUUCAUCUUCUAUGGAUUUGAAGAACUUCCAGUCCCCCUGGCCGAAGCAUUGUUUGUUGACUCACCCCAUCUCUCCUCUCACCAGUUCUCAGUUCUUCUCAAUAUCUCCCGCUGCUUGAUUGACGACUGCCCCGUGCAAUUCCGUGCCAACUUCUUGCCACCCAUGCUUUCAACUCUGUUCACCAAUAUUGAUCGCAAGAUCACCACGGAAUGGGAGUUCAUUGAACAACGCCGAGACGGCGGUCCAGAUGGAGAUCUCACCACAGAGAUGAAAUCUGAAAGUGUCCUUCGACAGUUAACUUAUUCUGCUGUGAUCAUGGUUGCCAGCCUAUUCGAUCCGCAGAGAGGCGGUAAACGCUCCCGAAUCCCACCAACAUCCGACAAUUGUCAAUCCUGGUCGCUAACUCAAUUCCCACCGUUUCAAGACCCAGAUAGAACUGAAUCAGACCCCAGUGUGGCCCAACCAACCCCAGCACUCUCUGAUUCUAUCCGCCACUUCGUGCUAUCCUCCCCCCAGAUCUUCGAGCCCGUCAUGCUUUUCUGUACCCACGCCCUUCGCAUGCGUGACACACGUUGCUGCAGUAUCAUUACGCGCGUGAUCCGUUCCAUUCUGCAGGAUUUCGCGCCUAGUCCUGACACUGAAGACACCCCCACCAUUCGCACCAUUCGCGAGUUCAUCUGCUCUGAUGUUCUGAAAGCCUGCAUUACAUCUGUUCAUGAAUCGUACUUCGUCGAUAUGCAAAAAGACUUCGCUCAGUUGAUUGCCUCGAUUUGGAUUCUCUAUGGCAACUGCAGCGAAACGCCAACCGCCAUUUUCUUGAGUUUGCCCGGUAUAACCGAGGAGAAGAUUGCUCGAACCGAGGGUCAUCUCCGCCGAUGCACUUCUCCACGUCAGCAAAGGGCCUGGGUUCUUGACUUCUUAGAGUCAGUGCGAGGUGUGAGUGUUUCUGCACAGGGAAUGUUCCUCGGUUCUCGUGAGGACCGUCGCAAAGCUCGCUCGGCAUUGCAGGAGAGGUAUAUGACCAACGAAAUAGACACUCAGGACCAGAGCCACCGUGUUGAUAUCAACGACGGUCCGGAUCUUGGUGGUGUUGCUGAUCUAUUUGGUUAA